UGGGAUCAUGACUCCACCAAAAAUGCUGUCGACUUAAGUGACUUGUCAUGUGAUGGUCAUCUGGGAGUAUCAUCAAGGGUUGUCAUGAUGUGGGAGGGAACACCUUGGUCUGGAAAAGUUCUAGAUAUUGAUGAAGAUGAACUUUUUGAUGCAGAUGACGAAACUCCCUUGGCUUUUUACAAAUCAGGUAAAGUUGGAUGUGCAAGUUCAAAGGCAGCACCUAAUUCACAGAUGGAAAAUGACAUAUCAAUUAUCCGUUGUGCUGCAACUACGGCUCAAGUGACACCGGCCAGUGGGACUCCAACGGCAUGUAGUCCACAGAUUGCAUCUACGCCUGAAGGUGCGCUUAGUUCUUUGACACCAUGCAGCCUGAAGACGGCAUGCAGUCCUAUGACUGCGCUAAGUUCCCAGACUGCAGCUGUGCCUCCAGUGCCAAUGGCCAGUGGCACCCCAACUGCAUUUAGUUCGCAGAAUGCAACUGUGCCUCAAGUGCCACUGGCCAGUAGCACGUCUACUGCAUGUAGUCCGCAAAAUGCAGCGGUGCCUCCAGUGACAUUUAGUUCUUCAACACCAUGCAGCCUGAAGUCAGCAUGCAGUCCUAGGUCUGUACUAAGUUCCGAGAUUGCAUCACUUCCUCACACUAGUUCAUGGUUACUAAUGUGUCCACCUUUGCGCCCCCACUCAGUUUCUCGUCUCCGGCCAGAAGCUUCAUUCACUGCACCAAUGCUUAGUCAACAGCCAAUGUCUUGCGACAAUUUCUUUUGUGAAAAAGUAGUCUUUUCGACAUGCACUACGUGUCUGUGUUUGUUAUGCUAUGAUCAUUUUUUGCUGAGUGAUGUCUACCACCAGUUUGCUACUCUGAACAUAAGCAAUGCACGCAGAAGUGUGGAAGAUGAAACAAUGACCCCGCAGCUUCUCUAUUCAUCUGGGCCGCCUAAAAUAUCACAUGGCAAGUAUGACGAUCUCAAGAGUCUCUUUACAGAUUCAGCCAUUGUUGAGAUGACAUGA